AUGGCCAGUACAAGCUUGACAUCGACCUUCCUGACGCCGGAUCCAAGCUUCAAUUGUUUGCGUUAUCCAACGCAGCCGAAUCCUGCUGAUCCUCGGCAUAGAGCUCUGUUCUUUCUGCUCUACUUCAAUCGACUCUUCGCGAACGUCCUUUCUUAUGCAAUCCGAGCAUACACAUGGCAUUAUUACCGCGCAUAUGUCGACAUCAAUGCACUCCAGUUCUCUUUACUUGGUGGAAGAAUCUUCUUCAAGGGCAUUCGAUAUCAUGGCGUGAACGAGACAAUCUUUAUCCAUGGAGGUUUCAUUACAUGGCGGUAUUGGACGCGCACAAUCGAGCGAAACGAUUUGACGGGGGUUCGACGGAAGACAGGGCUUUCUAAUAAUCCCUCGACGGGUGAACAUAGCCCAUCCCCGCAUGAUGGUAUAGAGAACAAGGUGGGGGAGCAAGGUGGCAUGGGAAAGACGACCGAAUUGCCGUGCCGGAUUACGAUCAACACAUAUGGCCUUGAAUGGUUUAUUUACAAUCGGACCCCUACCUAUGACAGUAUCCUUGCUGGCUUCGGGUACUCUCCCAAGGGUGUUGAUUUAGACAAUGACAGUUUGAACCCCCCAGAGUCUCGUGCGACGGCAGCACAUGCCGAUGCCAACAAUGCCUUUGACUUUCAGCCGACACCUAGCCAUCUGCCAACCAUGAAAGCCGUGUCAGAACGCAGCAUGAGUGAUAGAGGCGGGGAUUCCUCGCAAAAAUCUGCUAUUCGCGAGUCAGAACUAUCAGAUCCUAUAUCCAACAUGCUGCAACUGUUACCAGUGAAGCUAGAUUGCAAGAAAGGGGCUAUUGUCAUGGGAAAUGAAUAUACCCGAUCUGUCUUGACAACGACAUUUGACACAGCAACGGGUACCAUUGACGCUUCCAACUCAGGUCCUCUUGAUUUGUAUCGUCAAAUAUUCUCAUUCCAACUCAAUAACCCAGUGGUUCAGAUGCGACCUAACCCCGAUUUCAAACAAAAUCAGUCAGCGACCGCCCAAGCCCUAGGUGCUAUGCAAGAUAGUGAGCCCGAAUCGAAGAAAAAGCCGCAACCUAUCUUCAAUUAUCAAUUCCAAAGGCGCAGAACAUCUGUUGAGUCAUUCCAUGUCAACAGCAAACAUGCUGAUAGCAUGCCAAGAAGCCAGACAGAUUUCCCUGAGGUCCGCUGGACCGGUCUGUCUCGGUAUCUGGAUGAAGACUGCGAGGACGAACAUGAGAAAUGGAACUCAGUCGAAUAUGCCCGGUUCUCUACUAUCUUGGAUAGCCCUAGCCUGACCGUAGCCUACUUUUGGGAUAUUCCUGGCCGAGUCAUCAUUCAACCAACCUCAACUGAUCGAUCUAAACCAAGCGAUUGCAAUAUCAAUUGCGCCCCAGCUCCCGAAUGGGGAAUCGACAUCAAGAUUGAGGGGGGCACAAUAAAUUACGGACCGUGGGCUGACAGAGAGAGGGUUGGCCUGCAAAACGUCUUUUUUCCAAAUUUUUAUCGAAGUGCCGAGCCAACAGAGAAACUGGCACCUGGCGUCCUGCGACAAAGCACGGCGUUCAAAUUGCGCGUGGAAAUUGACAAGGAACUGACACUGUGCAUUCCCACACGAGAGCCUUCUAAGGAUUGGCAGUGGAAAGGCCGUGCUGAUGCCAUCGGAGGGGCAUCGAGGGCGAAGAAGCCAAAUGACCAGAAGAAGACACGGGCUAAGGAGGGUGAAAAGGGCUACCUUGGCCCUGAAAUUCGACCGUUCGGUUGGCUUUCCCUUUCUGUUGCCCCCGAUUCCACCAUCAAUUAUACCAUGGACAUGGUGGGCUCGAGCGCAGGCUUUUGCAAUAGGCUUUCCAUUGACUUGCGAGACUCAAGACUGUCGUCCAGCAUCAACCAUAACUUACUCUGGCAAUGCCCUCGACAACAGGUCAUUUGCGAUCUGUCAAACCCCCUUACCUGGAAUAGUCUCCGUUCCUGGAAAUUUACAGUUGAAGGCCAAGAGUUACAGCUAUACCUCCUACGUGAUCACAUAUUUCUUCUCACUGACCUUGUGAGUGACUGGGCUUCAGGUCCACCUUCGGACUAUUACGCCUUUGUACCUUUCAUCUACAACCUUGAUCUCAAUUUCUCCGACUUUCAACUUUACAUCAAUGUCAAUGACCGAAACAUCAUCAACAAUCCUUCGGACCUAGAGGAUAACCGCUUCAUCAUCAUCAAAGGUAAGCGCCUAGAGACCAAUGUCAUGAUACCAUUGAACAAAUACCAACCUGAACAAAACACUAUUGAGUUCAAACUCAACCUUGAAGAUGGCGGCGUGGACUAUGAAACACCUUUAUGGGAUACCCUACAUGAAUUUUUGCCACGAAAGUCCAUGGCUACCCUCGAGAGCUUGUUCAUUGAUGGCUCCUAUAACUAUUUUCAGUCAACAUCCCCGGAGUUGACUGACACUCUGGUGCUCCAGAUUGAUGGAACAUCGCCCCGGCUAUACCUCUUUGGAUUCUUGAUAAAGAGCUUCAUGACAAUCAGAGAGAAUUAUUUUGGAGAGGAGAUGCACUUUAAGACUCUUGAAGAGUAUCAAGAGCUGGUGUACGCGGGCGAACCGCCAUCAAACCCCACAGGUAUAAAUCCAAACCGGAAGUCAAAUGACAUGGAUGUGCUUGUGCGUGCCACAGUUGACAAACCCCGUGCUUUGCUUCCUGUGGAUAUCUACGAUGAUUCAAAGAGCAUGGGACUUAGUGCUGCCUCACUCGAAGUGGAUUUACGCUUCACCAACUACUAUAUGGACCUGCAGUUUUCUGUUGCUCCGCUGAAACUUGAUUUGGAGACCACACAGCUGGAUGGCCCACCCGCUAUCUCUGGUCCUCAGUUGUUCAUCGAUGGAAUUUCUGUGUACGGUCAUCGUCUGUUUGGGCUACCACCCCUUGAACCAACCUACGUGUGUAACUGGGAUUUUGAAGUCGGUAGAAUCGUUGGAGAAUGUUCUACAGAGUUCUUGGCCUGUUUGGCUUCUUCUUUGAAGACCUUCGAUUUCUCAUUUGACAACGAAGAAAAUGCAUUGCCGACGCUUUUCCCGGAGAUUCUAUUUGAUGUGACUUUCUUGAGAGCCAAGAUUGACUCAAUCCAUAUUUCCGUGCUUUUGGAUCAAACAGCUGUGAUCCUGAGCACCCAGCCGUUGAAUGUGAAUUUCAACGACUGGGCAAACACCAAGUUCUCGAAGCGCAUGAGUCUUCUCGUUCCGGACAUGUCAAUUGCCGCUGUUGAUCGCCAAUCUGUCUCUCGGUAUAAGGCGUUAGCGGGAGAAUUGAUAGCACCCAUAGGUCUUUUCCAACUCACAAUUGGGCUCAAGAUGGCUCUGCGUAAAUCUGAUAUUGCUGAAAGUCGACGACUUCAACAAGAACAUAUUAAAACUCACGAUCAGCGAACUCACAGGGCACAAUGGUUGCUUUUCGAUUGGGACGAGACUGGCCCGACUUCAACGCUACCUCCGAAUGAUGAUAUAUUCCCUCCCACUAUGGCUAUCCCUUCAAUGCCUGAACCCAUUCAUGGCAAAAUCGGCUCGUUUAACAUACCAUCCUAUCGGGGAGCUUCAGGGCUCCGUCCCACUGGAAGCGCCAAGAGCUUCCUUGUCCAGUCAGAAACAUCAAGUUUGAAGAGUGUCCGGAGACACACUGCCAACAGCACUAGAGCAGCCUCAAAUCCAGUUUCCAGAUCACGACCGUUUUCCCCCGCUAGGGAAUCAACCUGGUCUGUUUCGAAGACGAACCGUUCGAGAGAUGGAACAGACCCCGGAUCUCGGUCAGGCACAUUCUUGUCAUCUAUGAUGCGAGACGCAAAUCCGUGGAUAAUGCCACAGUUCUCGUACUAUAAGCUUCGUCUGGAUACAUCCGAGCUUCCGUUGCCAUUUGUGGACGAAGACGACAUAAUGAAUGAUGACCCUGCAAUGAAUCAAAAGUCCGUGUUUCUCACAUUUGAUGACGAUCAAACAAGUUACACAAAUCUGGCCUGCGAUCUUCCCCUUGGUAUUCGAGGAUAUUGCACACCAAAGUUCCUCUUGAGUCUAGCUGCCUUGUUAGAUGGCUUGGGACCGAAACACCCUACGCAAAUCAUCGAUUCCCUUCAGAAAGAUGUGAUAUCAGACAUUGUUGGUUAUGACAAGGCCAUGAGCCAACCGAAGAUUUCAACAGCUGUUGCUCUUCGAAUUCCGGCCAUUCAAUUACGACUUGUUGACUUGUCCGAGGCCCCCAACAACAAAGCAAUCGAGUUCCGAGAUGAAUACAGUAUCGAAAUCCGUCGUCUAAGGACUGAGUUCCGGAGAAAGGUUCAACGUCAAAAAGACGAUCUGCUUGAAGGUCUCAAACAAGAUGUGACAGUUCAUGCCGCGGCAGAUCACGUCUCUAUUUCCGUCGAGGGCAGUCGAGUGGAUGCUUUCCACGAGAAAGCCAUGUUCAACUCUCACUUGGAAGAUAUGAACUUCUGGCUCGUUACGUCGCCCAACGUCCGCUCUAAUUUCCAGAUGCGAACAUUCAGUACAAUCACAUCAGCAAAGUCUGUGGAACGUCUCGCAUUUCUCGUUCGUCGAGCCACGACUAUGUUUGAUUCUGUCGCCUCAUCUUUUCAGCAACUUUCAGCCUCUAACGAGAGGCGCCUACAGUACCUUAUCUACUCUCUCACUCAAUCAGCCGCCAACAUACCGGAUCCAAUAUUCCUUGCUCGUAUAUCUUAUAUCCUCAGGAUUGCUUCCACUCACCUGCGACAGCAUGACUCGUGGAAGAUCAUCUCACGCAUCCGCAAGAUCUAUAAUAGCUUACCUCUCCAGCACAAGCGUGAUUUGGAGCAGAACUGCUUCGGUGACGAUCUUCCUCUGCCAUCGGAUGCAAAAAAGGCCGUGUUGUCUGGGUUUGACCGUUGGCGAGCUUGGGAUCUGGCACAUGUAGCGAAAAGCUAUGUUAUGCGCCAUGUUUGGCCAUAUACCGCUGAACGAGACACUCCGCAGCCUUCGAUAUUUUUAUCAUCAACUGUUCAAACAUUCCGAUUCUCUAUGGAUCCUGGUCCGAGAGAAAGUGAUUUAAUCAUAGGAAACUUGUCAACAGUUGCAUCCUUCAUUCCUGACUCGCCUGGAGAUGACGGCGAACAGAGCAAGAAACUGAUUACAUUGCAGUCUUAUUGUGGAUCAGCAGCCCUAAGGCUACGUUGGGAAAUUUUAGACCUUGUUGAAGGAGUGAUCAAGGUCAUGUCAAAUGUUACACUCAAAUCCUCGCCCGGUCAUGUCCCUAGCGACAAUACGCUGGAGCAGACCCCGACUGAGCUGCAGGUAGUAUUUGGCACUGAUUUUGGGUCCAUCACUCUUGACGGCAUCAAUAUCAAGCUUGCUCUGGUAGCGAAAGCCUUCCGAGGAUCGAUCGUCCAUAAGUCGUUUGGUGCCAGACGAUCAAAUCACGAAGACCUCGCUUUAUUGUUUAAUGCUGAAGGCUGCUCAACCGAGCUUCAAAGUCAAUCUAUAACCUUGACGUUGUCAAGAAUUGCUGACCCAUACAUGUACUUGUCGCUUGUGUCGGAAGAAGAUGCCAGUGAAUGCAGACACAACUGGAAACUCGCUGCUUCCUGUAGGAAGCUUCGCUAUGACAUCAAAGAAGACCCUGUCAGCUUAGCGCAUAUAGCAGACAGACUUAUCGCGGAUGAGGUCAGAUACAUCCGGGAUCUUGUGGAUAGUGUCAAAAUUCCAAAACAGGAAUCUGAUUCCAGGCUUGCGCCGAUCAAAUCAACCCGCAACACUUUCCAUGCAGCAAUGUUCUUGGAAGAUUACCAGUUGACAUUCAGCCUUCUGCCAUCUUUGACCUACGUUGUCUCAGGUGAAGUGGCUCGCAUGUCCGUCAUGCCCGCAGAGGCUUCCAAGAUUGAGGUGGACUUCGAUGUGAAGAAGAAUUCGCAUAUGUUCGUAUCAGGCGAGGACGAAAGUUUCCAAGUUUUAUCGAUAUUGGAAAUACCGCCCGCAAACGGGCGAAUUGUCGCGAACCUCUUAUCGGAUCGCAAGGAAGUGGAAGUUGAUGUCACGAUUGAACUCAUCCGUUUAGAAGCCAGUGCUGUGCGCAGCCUUCUUGCUGUUUUGACAGGACCUGAUGUGUCCCAUUUGAUCUCAGAUCUCAAGCAGAACGUGGAUGUUCUUCAGUCCCACUUGGAAAAUGUGUUACCCCCAGAAAAGGCCUUACCAAAACCUAAGCCAACGUCAGAUAGCCAGGAGAUCCUCUACAAAGCCCGCUUCACGAUGGCAGGGUUCGAAAUUCAUGCCAUUGCACCUGGCCUCAACGGCAAGGAUUACUCUGCGGAGAUGAUCUUCAGCCUUGGGAUGAUGCGAAUGCGACUUCACAAUGGAUUAGACCAGGGCUACGCCAUGGAGUAUCCUGAGUUCAACAUCGAUGCCUCUCAAAUUAGCUUUGAGCUUCGAAGACAAGAGAAGACUAGGAGUCGCUCAUAUGGUGGCUUCAGUGCUGGAGUAAAGCUUCAGGGAACCUCUGCAAGCCGCGAAAAUGGGGAGAUUACCAGAGCAUACCAUUUCACUAGCGACAGGUUUGACGUUGAACUGUUCCCUGAGACAGCAGCCCUCGUGGUUGAUAUUGCUGUCUAUACACAAGAGCGCAUUAAGACGCUAGACCUUUCCCACGAAGUCAAACGUCUUAGGGAACUCAGACAUGGUGGCCACUGUAAUACAAAUGAUGGGGCGGCCGAUGGCCCUGAAAUCCACGUCAACGAUGAUUCUACUCCAGAGACAUUCCUCAAUGCCCUUUAUUCACUGCAAUUCCGAGCCAUUGAAGUUGCUUGGAACAUGGCCACGAUGCAUAACAAGUCUGGUCGACAGCCCGAGGAUUUGGUAUUAUCAAUCCAACAAGUCGAACUCUCAAAUAAAAAGAAGAAUGCAGCCAAGCUUCGAAUCGAAAACAUGCAACUUCAGAUGGUUCCAUUCGGGGCGGACAGAGAAAAGCGCUCGCUCAAUUCAGCCCUCAUGCCAGAGCUGGUCUUCAAUGUGGCAUAUUCCUCCAAAGGGAAGGAGGUGUGGCUUGCUUUCCAAGCAGCUGGUAAAUCUCUUGAUAUACGUGCCACAUCUGAGUUCAUCAUUCCGGCUAGCAUGAUACGGGACUCGAUUGGUACUGCAAGCGAGGCGCUUCGUGAAGGCAAGGCCCUCUGGGCAACCAGGGCAGAAUCCCCUGAAAAUGCCAACGCCAACAAAGAUCGUAGUCUCUUUGGCAACAGGCGAUUGAGAUCUCUUCUCAUUGAUGUGGACUUUGCAGGUGCGACUGCCACGCUUCAGGGCAAACUCGGUCAUGAUCAUCAAACGUUGUUAGCGGCAACAUGGCAAGGCACUCGCCUCUCUGACGCGAAAUAUGGCCAAUAUUUGCAAGGAGAUGCAGCGACCACCGCAACCCUCCGUGCGCCCGGGGUGGCGCUCAAAGUUCAGUUCGAGGACAACGGUACCGAUGAUCCCGCGCUCAAUGCAGAGUUAAAGGUUGACCCCUCUACGAACACAUUGUAUCCAACUCUUGUACCUCUCAUCAAGCAAAUGACUGCCACGGUCAAGGAGAUUAUGGGGAAUCAGCAGGGCCAACUUCGGAGACCAUCUACAGCGGCGAAAUUACAGUCUCAGAAAUUGAUGCAGGAAAAGCCAUUUGGUGCCGACGAUCCAACCAGUAUUCUUGGUCGAUGCAAGGUAAACGUGGGCUUGUUGUUCUGCAAGCAGGAGUUUAGCCUGAGCUGCCAGCCUAUCGCAAGGGUCGCAGCCACUGCACGAUUCGAGAGCGUAUACGUGACUGUUAACACGGUUCUAUCUGAAGAACAGGGCAGAUUCCUCGCUCUUUCCUUGGCUUUCAAUGGCUUGGAAGCCUCUGUAAAGCAUGUGUACUCCAACGAAUCAACCGCAAGCUUCGAGGUCAAGUCCAUGGUGCUCUCGUUGAUGAAUAGUAAGCAUCUCGGCCGGAUGAACGGAAUGUCAGCUAUUUUGCGAGUCAGCCCAAUGAAGGUCGCAGUGAAUGCCAAGCAAGUCCAAGACUCGAUGCUUUUCAAAGAGAUCUGGCUUCCGUCCGACAAUGAAACCAGCUCGAGUGAUACUGUACAGCCCGAGCCGUCUGAAACGCAACCCUACAUUGUGCAGCGAUAUCAACAGGUUACUUCGGCAUCAGCAUUCCCUUGGAACACCACUAUCGCAAUUGAGAAGCUCGAGAUGCAACUUGAUCUAGGCUCAACCCUAGGAAAGGCGCAGUUUGCCAUCGUUGACCUAUGGGUUUCCACCAGCAAGACGUCUGAUAAUGAGCAGAACAUGUGCAUCAAUUUCAGUUCAGUUGCGAUCGAGAGUAAGGGCCGCAUGAGCGGACUCGUCGAACUCGGAAAACUGAAAAUUCACACAUCCAUUGAAUGGCCCAAAGACUCCCACAAGGCGAGACACACGCCAUUAAUUCAAGCCACGAUUGCUUUCGAUCACCUUCAAGCGAAGAUAUCAUUCGAUUAUCAACCCUUCCUGGUAGCCCAGAUUGCCAUGUUCAACUUCCUGAUGUACAAUGUUCGAGACACAUCCGGCGCGCAGAGCCAGCGUCUCUUCAGUAUCCUGGAAGGCGACAAAGUUCAAGUAUUCUGCACAUCUUUAACAGCAUCACAAGCAUUGGCACUAUUCCAGGCUUGGGGCCGCUUGAUCCAAGAUGUCCAAACAGCCUACAAAACAUCCCUCCGCGAGGUAGAGCGGUACCUCCGUCGGAAGUCUGCAGUUCUCGCAGAGCGCCCCAGCGUCGGCACUAAGGAAUUGGCAAAUGAUGACGACGAUCACCCCCAGAAAGCGCCCAUUUCGCUCCACACCGGAGUCGUCGUGAACAUCCGCCACGUCAAUCUGGGAGCAUUCCCGAGCUCUUUCUUUGACAACCAAAUCUUCAAAGUAGAAGCCCAUGACGCCGAUGCCCGGUUCUCCGUCUCACUCGAAGGCAACAAAAUCCACAGCGCUCUAGGCUUGACACUUGGCCAGUUACGUGUGGCUCUAUCUGGGAUCACGCGGCCAACCUCCGCCCAACUAGACGAGCUUUCAGUGGACGAAAUCGCUGAGCGAGCCGCAGCAUCCCGCGGCGGAACAAUCCUCAAAGUGCCCCGACUUGUCGCAGGCAUGGAGACCUGGCAGGCACCAGGCACUCACCAGAUCGACUACAUCUUCCGCAGCACGUUCGAGGGCAAGGUCGAUGUCGGCUGGAAUUACUCGCGCAUCAGCUUCAUCCGCGAUAUGUGGGAGACGCAUUCACGGGCGCUCGCCUCACGACUUGGCAAGCCCUUGCCGCCAUCCGCGGUGCGCAUCACUGGUGGGCCCGGUAGCAGUGUUGAGGGUGGCGGUGCUAGCUCUGAGCAGCAGGAAAAGAUAACUGCGGUUGUCAAUGUGCCCCAGUCCAAGUACACCUAUACUGCGCUUGAACCGCCUAUUAUUGAAACGCCGCAGUUGCGGGAUAUGGGUGAGGCUACGCCGCCGUUGGAGUGGAUUGGAUUGCAGCGUGAUAAGCUGCCGAAUGUGACGCACCAGAUUAUUAUUGUCACGUUGCUGGAGAUUGCGAAGGAGGUGGAGGAUGCUUAUGGCAAGAUUCUAGGAUCGUGA